GAUCGCGCGCGGAAUAACUACUGGAAGGUCUUGGAACCAAGACUACGUUCUCCGCGUCAAACGCGCCUCAGCUCCCGCGCCCGGCGCGCUUAUAAAGCAUGAGAUAUGGACGGCAGUCGGAUCUUGUUGGCUGACAGCUGUGUCGUCCACGUGCAGAAGCAGCAAAGGUUCCACACAAGAGGUGAAAAUGACCAAUCAGAGUACAGCUGCAGUGGGAUUGUAAUUGACCCCCUGAAUGGACUAGUCUUGACUAGCGGUCAAGUCUUCUCAGAGGUUGUACACUAUCAGAGAUCUCAAGGAUUACACGUGAUCAAGCCAGGAAAGAAAGGACUAAUUCCAGCAUUACAGAAAAGAGAGAGCCAUGGGUACUCCACGGCAACAGAAGUGAUGAAAAAUGUGCACAUUGAUGUCAUCCUACCGGUACCACAGCAGGUCCUGUCACAUCUUGCAGUUCUUCCUGCUUCAUCAGCAACUUCUGCUACCAAGCACAGUCCUACAUAUACUUCCAGUCACAAGCAAUCCGGUGUCAGCACUAUGACCAGAAAAGCCCAGCUGAUCUCACUUUGGAAGUGCCAAGAAUUUCACAACCUCCUUCAGGCCAUCAUCCCGGAGACAGACGGCUGGAAGUACACUGAAUACGGAGAAGGCCAAAGGGAGCAGAGUGGUCAAGCAGGCGACUCGACAGUGAGAUCAGGCUCAGGGAGGGACUCUCCAAAUGGCCAGUGCGUAGAGCCCUUUGGGUUGAGCUCUGUCUCCAGGAACUUACCUAGGGAGAAUUUCAUCAGUUGGUUUGCCCUGUUGAAGUUGCAAGAUAGCAAGGAUAAUCCGUGUCCACUGGGCCAUCCCUCCAAUGCCAUCUGGUCCCGCACACUUCAAGAUGCUUUCUGUCUACAGCAAGGAGAUCCCGUCUGUCUGCAUACAACCCCAUUUGGUUCUACCUGUCCUGCUGUCUUUCUCAACAGUAUCAGUAAGGGGAUUGUCAGUAAUGUGGCCGGCCCCAAGCACCAGCUCAUUAUGACAGAUGCACGAUGCAUUCCAGGAUCUGAAGGAGGAGGCAUGUAUCUGACAAAGCCUGGAAGAAAUCACCAAGAAAGUGUGCUUGCAGGUAUCAUAGUUGCCCCACUGUGCUGGAAAAACAACGAAUGGAUUGGUCUGACCCUUGUUUGUUCCAUUCAAGCAGUCCUGGACUCCCUGAGAUGCAUCACAGAUUCCCUGACCCACAAGAAAGUCACCUCUGCACCUCCCUCCUGGCAAGGAGAAUGCAAACCUAAUCAAGGUAGACCACUGUUCGUUGUUCAGCAGUGCAUGAAGUCUGUUGUUCUAAUCAAGGCUAGCACUGUGUGGGGAUCUGGUGUGUUGAUCAACGCAGACAAGGGUGUCAUUCUCACCUGCCGUCAUGUGGUGCAUAAAGCAACCGAUCACCACGUUCGUGUUCGGAUUGACUGCCCAUAUCUGCACUGGGAAGAUGCCACAGUUGUGUAUACUACUAGCCCCAACUCACCCUUUGACCUUGCUGUUCUAAAACUAGAGGAAAAAUUGGAUGCAUUGAGAGAGGCCUAUAGAAUCACUGGAUUAAGAAUGGCUACGUCAUACACACAAGGUCAGCCAGUAAUCAUGGUGGGCCAUGCUUUGCUUGCUCCAGAACUGGACCUUUCACCAUCAGUCAGCUUGGGGGUCAUGUCAAAGGUCAACACAGCCAACAGUACUCCAGUAAUGCUCCAAUCAACUUGUGCAGUGCAUGCUGGGGCAAGUGGGGGUGCCCUCUUCUGUCACAGGACUGGACAGCUGCUGGGUAUAGUUACCAGUAAUGCAAGAGAUAUGGAUUCAGGGGCAUCAUUUCCACACGUCAACUUCAGCAUUCCAUGGACUGUCAUUGGCCCUGCCUUGAAUAAAUAUCUACAGACAGAUGAUGUGACUAAGCUAGAUUCACUUGAAGCUACUGAUGACCACAGCCAUCUUGUGGCAUUAUGGAGUCUGGACAAUCAACGGCUGACUGACAAGAAAGAGACCGACCUGACGCUUAGCAAGCUUUGAUCAAUCUGUAUUUAUAGAUCUAAGGAAAAAAAUCUGUGUCCGUCAUGGUUGUAAUAUAAUACACCUCAGUAGAAAAUUAUCAUAAAGGAGUUGAAACAAGGGCUGGUCA